CUAAAAUUGUGAGACAAAGCUUUGGUUUUGUCAUUUAAUUACAUCCCAAAAAAUUAGUUAGCGUCUUUCAACUGCCUUAAACGCAAUGACAUCACCAAACACUUAUUUUUCUCACCAAACUCAAAGCUUUUACUGCACUCGCUUGCUCAUCGUCCCAGCAACAAUGGUGGGGCAAUCGAGGAAAUGGAUGGUGCUGGUGGCGACGAUUUGGAUUCAGGCCUUCACGGGGACGAACCUGGACUUCUCGGCCUACUCGUCGGAGCUGAAGUCGGUUUUGGGGGUGUCGCAGGUGCAGCUCAACUAUCUCGCCACCGCGUCCGACCUCGGCAAGGCCGUGGGCUGGUCGUCCGGCCUGGCGCUCAUGUGGCUGCCGCUCUGGGCGGUGAUGUUCGCCGCCGCGGCUAUGGGGUUGAUUGGCUACGGCGCGCAGUGGCUCGUCCUCACUAACGCGAUUACGCUGCCGUAUUCCGUGGUGUUCAUACUUUGCUUGUUAGCUGGUUGCAGCAUCUGCUGGUUCAACACAGUCUGCUUUGUUCUCUGCAUAAAGAAUUUCCCCUCUUCUAUGCCGCUCGCCCUCUCACUCACUGUCAGCUUCAAUGGCGUAAGCGCAGCUCUAUACAACCUCGUGGUGAAGUCAUUCAACCCUUCCUCAUCCGCCACUUAUCUCCUCCUCAACGCUUUGAUUCCCCUCUUCACAUCCGUCGUGGCUCUGAUUCCCAUCCUCCGCCAACCGCCCCUAGAUUCUCUGGAUCCUGAUGCUGGCAAACGCGACAAACUCACAUUCCUCAAGUUAAACAUGCUAGCUUUCGUCACAGGCCUGUAUCUUCUCUUCCUCCAUCCGUCAGAUUCAUCCACAGCCCGUCUCCUCUUGUAUGGCGCCAUCUUUCUUUUGAUCAUCCCUUUAGCAAUCCCCGGCAUUUUCUAUGACGGAGAGUGGUUCAGCCGCACAAUCUCCUCUAGCUUCAUUCCUGUUGAUUAUGCUGGUGCUGAUGAUCUCCAACUACAUAAACAGCUCCUUAGUCGUGACAGCGGACUGGCCCACUCUCCUGCGUCUCAUGUCAUGUCCAGAGAACACAGCGGUGUUGAAGAAGGUAGUUCGGGUGAAACAGACCGGUUGGUGAUGCUCGGGCAAGAACAUAAAGCAGGGAUGGUAAUCCGAAGGUUGGAGUUCUGGCUAUACUACGUUGCAUAUUUUUGUGGUGGAACUUUAGGUCUUGUCUACAGCAACAAUCUUGGGCAGAUUGCUCAGUCACUCGGGCAUGGUCUAAUUACAUCAAAGCUCAUUGCCAUAUACGCCUCCUUCUCCUUCUUCGGCCGCCUUCUCUCCGCUGCUCCAGACUUCAUCCCAACGAAUGUGGUCUACCUUCCAAGAACUGGUUGGCUGGCCAUUGCUCUCCUGCCAACGCCCGUCGCGUUCUCUCUUCUCAGCGCAUUCGGAGGCAAUGCCCUUGCAAUCCAAGCGGGAACAGCACUGAUUGGGUUGAGCUCGGGGUUUAUAUUUGCGGCCGCAGUUUCAAUAACAUCGGAGCUCUUCGGGCCAUGUAGAAUGGGUGUGAACCACAACAUUCUCAUCACCAACAUCCCCAUAGGAUCCCUCGUUUAUGGGUUCCUGGCCGCGACGGUGUACGACUCCAAGGCCACGGCCAUGGCCGGUGUAGGCGAGGCGUUGGUGUGCAUGGGGAGAGAAUGCUAUUUGUUGACAUUUGUGGGGUGGGGUUGCAUUUCAGUUGUGGGAGUAGGGUCUAGUGUGAUGCUGUUCUUGAGAACAAGGCAUGCUUAUCACAGAUUUGAGACAAGUCGAAAAUCAAUCAUUUGCCUUAGUGAAUUCGUAUACGGAGGUUGAUCAUCUUGUAAGAGAUUGGAUCACUUUGCUCUCAAGAGAGAGAGAGAUUGGUUCGCAUAUAUAACAGUACAGUCUAACGUUGUAUUUUU